AAAGUUAAUAGUAUUAAAAAAGACAAGUGAGGAUUAAAAAUGAAUUUAUCUAAAUUUUUCCUGUCUAAAAUCAUCAAGCGUUCUAAUGGAGCUUUCUCAGACCACAAUUAUAUUUUAAGUGUUUUGAAGAGUAAUAGCUGUAAAAUGGCAACAAAUGUCUCAGUAUCUGAAAUGCAGAAGGAAAAGGAAACUUUUCAAGAUGUCCUGCCAAAUGUUAUUCAAUCAAUAGUCACAAUACCUAAGUUAAUAGAAGUUCCAGAGUUUUCUAUAUGGAUGAAAAAGGUCUUAGAUUACAAUUUAGCCGGUGGAAAGAAAAAUAGGGGUCUUAUAACAGUACAAGCAUAUGAGAUGAUAGAAAAACCAGAAAAUAUUACAGAAGAGUCAUUAAGACAGAGUCGUAUAAUGGGAUGGUGUGUAGAAAUGCUGCAGGCCUAUUUAUUGAUGACAGACGAUAUCAUGGAUGGGUCAACUACCCGUCGAGGGGUCCCUUGUUGGUUCCGUUUGCCUGAGGUAGGCUUGGGAGCUGUAAAUGAUGUAAUUCUGGUCUACACAGCUAUGAUGGAAGUAUUAAAAAUACACUUUGGGGACAAAAAUGAGUACGCUCAUAUUGUCCAUUCGUUUAACGAAACGCUAAUGUUCACUUCCUUGGGACAGCAUUUGGAUUACACAAUGGCGCACAGGAAAAAGAACGAUUACAGUCUAUUUACGAUAGAUAGAUACAAUGCUAUUGUUAAAUACAAGACGUCGUAUUAUACAUUCAAACUUCCUAUCUGUUUGGGCAUGCUACUGGCUAACAACACAGAUCCUAACAGUCAUAAGAUAGCUGAAGAGAUCUGUUUAGAAAUCGGCCAUCUAUUUCAAAUGCAGGAUGACUUCAUAGAUUGUUUCGGUUCGGAAUCAGUGACUGGUAAAGCGGGUACAGAUAUCCAAGAGGGUAAAUGUUCUUGGCUAGCGGUUACGGCGCUGCAGCGCUGCAACGAGGCUCAAAUGAGCGUGUUCCUAUCAUGCUACGGGAGUAAGGAGCCCGCUCAUGUUGAACGUAUUCAGCGGCUUUACGAGCAACUGGGACUGCCUCAGUUGUACCGUGAAGAAGAACGGGCGAGAUACGACGCGGUCGUACAAAGAGUGCAGAAUCUGCCUCCUGACACCAAUCUUCCUCCAGAACUCUUCCUCAAGACGCUAGAUAUGAUCUACCAGAGGAAACAAUAGGAUAUAAACUAGAGGCUAACUUCAAUAACCGUAAUUUUAUAUAAUCAAACGGCUGGUUAGUUUAAGAUUUUUGCUACUAUUUUUUCUUACUUAUUUCUUUCAGCUUGACACUGGGUUUCCACUGUCGUUAUAUUCGUGCAAAAACAUAUCUUAUUAUGCUUAAAAAACAUAGAUAAAAAUAUAUUUUGUGUGUCAGUGGAAGCCCAUGGUUAGGGGGUGAAUACACAGGUAAUGAUUAAAUGUUCGCAUUGAAUUGUAAAGAGCCGUAAUUAAUUACAGUAUUCAGUACUCACGGGUUUUAUUACUGAAGGAAAUAUUAGAAAACAUCUAUUUUAAAUGACACUUUAGAAAUGCGAUCUAAUAAAAUUGUAAUAACAAACAAAAUCCAUUUAAAAAAAACACCCACCGAGUUUACCGUGAACUAGAGUCCAUCUCAGAGAGACCACUGGUAUGAAGUAACGAAGUUACAACAUUGUAAUUCGUUCGAUCAUUUUACGAUGUAGUGUUGUUUAAUGUACAAGUACACCGCUUUGGCCUUAAAUAACAAAGGUCAUUAUCAAUACUAUGCAGUAGAAAAAUAAAUCUUUCGUCAAUAUUCAUUUAAUAA